AUGUCGCGGGGCAUAGAGGAGGAGGGGCGGGGGAGAAUGUCGAUCAAAUCGGGGAAGUUGAGGAGCGCCUUACGGCCUUUGAGGCAGAGAGCGCCGACGUCGUACGCUCGCGCCGCCAUCUCGGCGGUGGGAAAAGAGCCGAGCCAAAUCCUCGACUUUUUCCGCGGCUCCCUUAUCUCUGACACCCACUUCCCCCACCGCCGCUUCCUCACCCCGCGAUACACCGGAUGCCGUGUCCCUGCCCCCGUCGACGCUGGCGCGGCCACCUUUGACUUCGACGAAUCCUCGGCUGGAGAUUCUGAUACCUUCUCCUCCUCCAUGACGCCACUUGACCCUGAGCUACCACACUUUCCGCCACUCUUCUUCCCCUCUGCUUUAUAA